GGCUCUGCCUUCUUUACUGAGCACGCUCGGCCCGGGUCUCUCACCCGCGGUGCAGGACUCAGGCAGGAAGUACACCGCGGCCCCCGCCUCACCACCUUCACGCGCUGCCGGCGUUCCCGUGACGUAUUUCCGGCGCGCCCGCCCUAGCGGUCUUCACACUGGCGCGGCUGUGACGCGACGGAGGCGGCGGGAGCGGGAGCCGUGGGCACUUUCCACGGGUGAGGCCUGGAGAGCGGGUGGACGUGCAGACUAGAACCCGGGACCCACCCGGCUGCGCCCCCAGACUCUCCGCUGCCCACGAGCCUCGGAGUGGCACCCUCUCCUGGCCGUCUCCUCUCGUGGGGCCCGAAGAACGGGUGCAAAGCCGGGUUCGUCCACUGUACUGCGCGGGCGCGCGUUUCGUUCUUCGGGUUUGCCACGGUUCUGCGACUCCCUAAAGGUUGAGGGCUACUGAAUUAGAAGAAACGCCGAGCUGGCUUCUGGUGGGCUGCCGGGCGCCGGGCAGCGUGCUUGGGCUAGGGAGGGCAGGGCGAGUUUACUCUGAGUAGAGCAACCGCAAGACCUCCUUUAAAAAUACCAGUUCUGAGCUUCGGCGUUGGACAGGCCGCCUGUCAUUCAGCCUCUUCAGACCCUCUCUCACUCCCUGUCUUCCGGAGCGUCAGUGAAGCCCGGGUGAGGUGUUUUUCCACACGCCGGGGGCCCGGAGCUGAGAAGGGGCAUGGCCAGCAUCACGCAGCUGUUCGACGACCUGUGUGAGGCCCUCCUGCCGGCUGCCAAGACUCACCUGGGCCAGCGCAGUGUGAACCGGAAGAGGGCAAAGCGGAGCCUCAAGAAGGUGGCCUACAAUGCUCUUUUCACAAAUCUUUUUCAAGAUGAGACUCAACAGCUGCAGCCUGACAUGUCAAAACUACCAGCGAGAAACAAGAUCCUCAUGUUGUCCUUUGACUUGAGAGUGGGUGGCCUGGGCCCCAAGGCCGACCGUUUGGAGGAGCUUGUGGAGGAGCUUGAAGCAGCCCCUUGCUGUCCGCUUUUGGAGGUGGGGUCUGUUUUGGACCUCCUGGUUCAGCUGGCAGGGAGUGGUCCCCCUCAAGUUCUGCCGAGAAAACGAGACUACUUCCUUAACAACAAGCAUGUGGGGAGAAACGUUCCGUACAGCGGCUAUGAUUGCGACGACCUGAGUGUGUUUGAGAUGCACGUUCAGUCUCUGAUCUCCAGAGAAGAGUGUUUGUGUCACAGCAUGAUCCAGGAAACACUUGAGGUUAUGGAGGCUGCUCCAGGCACUGGCCUGCCCACCGUCGGGCUCUUCUCAUUUGGUGAUCCUUGUGGUGACAGGUUCGAGAGAGACACCCGGGUCUCGCUCUUCGGGGCCCUUGUGCACAGCCGCACUUAUGACAUGGACGUCCGACUGGGCCUGCCCCCCCUGCCAGACAAUGCGGACGUCUCUGGGCUGGCCAUUAAGGUCCCACCGAGUGUGGAUCAGUGGGAAGACGAAGGAUUCCAGUCAGCGUCCAACUUGACUCCUGAUUCCCAGUCUGAGCCCAGCGUGACCCCAGACGUGGACCUGUGGGAAGCCGCACUCACCUAUGAGGCCAGCAAGCGGAGGUGCUGGGAGCGAGUCGGCUGCCCACCUGGCCACAGAGAGGAGCCUUACCUGACAGAGGCGGGAAGGGACGCUUUUGACAAGUUCUGCAGGCUCCGCCAAGGGGAGCUCCAGCUGCUUGCCGGGGGCAUCCUACAGGCCCCGCAGCCCGUGCUGGUGAAGGAGUGCGAGCUGGUGAAAGAUGUGCUGAACGUCUUGAUUGGGGUCGUGUCUGCCACGUUUUCCCUCUGCCAGCCAGCCCAGGCCUUUGUGGUGAAGCGGGGCGUCCACGUGUCAGGAGCGUCUCCUGAGAGCAUCAGCAGCCUGCUCUCGGAAGUGGCCGAGUAUGGGACCUGCUACACGCGCCUGAGUCACUUCUCUCUGCAGCCCGUCCUGGACUCUUUGUACAGCAAGGGCCUCGUGUUCCAGGCCUUCACCAGUGGCCUGAGGAGGUACCUGCAGUAUUACCGGGCCUGUGUCCUUUCCACUCCGCCCACCCUGAGCCUCCUCACCAUUGGUUUUCUCUUCAAGAAACUGGGCCGGCAGCUCAGGUACCUGGCCGAGCUCUGUGGCGUUGGGGUUGUGCUCCCGGGCACCUGUGGAGGAGGCCCCAGGGCCGCGUUUCCCACCGGCGUGAAGCUGUUGUCCUACCUCUACCAGGAGGCGCUGCACAACUGCAGCAACGAGCACUACCCUGUGCUGCUGUCCCUGCUGAAGACCAGCUGCGAGCCCUACACCCGGUUCAUCCACGACUGGGUGUACAGCGGGGUGUUCAGAGACGCUUAUGGCGAGUUCAUGAUUCAGGUGAACCACGAGUACCUCAGCUUCCGAGAUAAGUCGUACUGGACACAUGGCUACGUGCUCAUCUCCAAAGAGGUGGAGGACUGCGUUCCUGUGUUUCUGAAGCACAUUGCCCACGACGUAUACGUCUGCGGGAAGACCAUUAACCUGCUGAAGCUCUGCUGCCCCCGGCAUUACCUCUGUUGGUCCGACGUCCCUGUCCCCCGGAUCUCGGUGAUUUUCUCCCUUGAGGAGUUGAAGGAGAUUGAGAAGGACUGUGCCGUCUACGUUGGGCGCAUGGAGAGGGUGGCCCGCCACAGCUCUGUCAGCAAGGAGGAGAAGGAAUUACGUAUGGAAAUUGCAAAACAAGAAUUAAUCGCUCAUGCCCGGGAAGCAGCAUCCAGGGUCCUGAGUGCACUGAGUGACCGGCAGAUGUCAGAACGGAUGGCCUUGGAUGCCCGGAAGCGUGAGCAGUUUCAGAGGCUGAAAGAACAGUUUGUGAAGGACCAGGAGCGACGCCAGGCGGCCAGGCAGGAGGAGCUGGAUGAUGACUUCAGCUACGCCCGUGAGCUCCGAGACAGGGAGAAGAGGCUGAAGUCCCUGGAGGAGGAGCUGGACAGGAAGGCGAGGCAGGCUCUGGUCGACCACUACAGCAAGCUCUCUGCAGAGGCAGCUCGUCGGGAGCAGAAGGCGCUGUGGAAAAUCCAGAGGCACCGGCUGGGGAGUGCACGGCUUCGUUUUCUCUUAGAAGAUGAGAAACACAUUCAGGAGAUGCUGAAAGCAGUGUCUGAGGCUCACCAGCCCCAGGAGCCGCCAGACAUCCUCUUGAGCGUGCACCCCCAGGUCACAUCUCCAGGCCCUGAGCACCCAGAGGGAGGCCGAGGCUGUGAUUCUGGGUGUGCGGAGCAACACUUGGCUGCCUGGGAUGGCCGGAACAGGCCAGGCCUGCUGACCCUACAGCCCCUUAAGCCUCUAGCAGUGGGGGCUGGUGGCACGGGGCUGCAGCAGGUGGAGGCCAGACCCUUCUCUGACAGCCUCAGCAUUGGAGACUUCCUACCUGUGGGCCCAGGGGCUGAGCCGUCCGUGCAGACUGGCGUGGUCCCUCUCCUGGAGGUGGCGCUGCAGACCAUUAACUUGGACCUGCCCCCCUCAGCUCCUGGGGGGGCACCCGCAGCAGCCAGCACUCAGCCCUCCAGGCCACAGGAGUACGACUUUAGUACUGUCCUGAGGCCAGCUGUGGCCACCUCACCUGCACCAGGGCCCCUGCAGGCUGCAGAGUGCAGCUUGGGCAGCUCAGGGCUACAGCUGUGGGAGGACAGUUAUGGGAAGCUGGAUGCCUGUGGCUCUGCCUUGCGGGAGACUCUGCCCCCCUCACACCCACCCAGAUGUGCUGCUCUGGAGGAGGGGAGCAGCCAGCCCACAGAGCAGCUCUUUGGGCAGGAGUCAGGGGAUGGUCUUCCCACAGGGGACUACGCUUCUGAAAUAGCUCCCACCCGGCCACGGUGGAACACCCACGGGCACGUGUCUGACGCCAGCAUCAGGGUCGGGGAGAACGUGUCAGAUGUGGCUCCCACCCGGCCACGGUGGAACAUCCAUGGACAUGUUUCCAACGCCAGCAUCAGGGUUGGGGAGAACGUGUCGGACGUGGCUCCCACCCGGCCACGGUGGAACACCCAUGGACAUGUGUCUGACGCCAGCAUCAGGGUUGGGGAGAACAUGUCGGACGUGGCUCCCACCCGGCCACGGUGGAACACCCAUGGACACGUGUCUGACGCCAGCAUCAGCCUGGGGGAGCCUGUGUCGGACGUGGCUCCCACCUGGUCACGGUGGAACACCCAUGCACCCAUCCCUCCGCCCCACAUGAUGCUGGGGGCUCUCUCACCAGAAGCUGAGCCCAACACACCCAGGCCCCAACAGAGCCCCCCUGGCCACAUGUCCCAGUCAGCGCUCUGCCUGGGAGCACAGAGCACUGUGCUGGACUGUGGGCCACGGCUGCCUGUAGAAGUGGGGCCAUCUCUGUCCUCCCACAGCUCGGGCUGCGGGGAGGAGAGCAUCAGCGUAGGGGAGAACGUGUCGGAUGUGGCUCCCACCCAGCCAUGGUGGCCCAACACCCCGGGAGACGGUGUCUCUGAAGAACUAGGCCCUGGGAGGAGCGGGGACACUGAGGACCUCUCUCCAAAUCGGCCUCUGAAUUCACAGGAAGACACAGCUGCCCAGAGCAGCCCAGGCCAUGGUGAGGAGGAGGAGGCAGUGGCGGCGGAGGCUCAGGGCGGGGAGCAGAACUACCUGGCAGGCCUGGCAGGGCAGUACCACUUGGAGCGGUACCCGGACAGUUACGAGUCCAUGUCCGAGCCGCCCAUCGCUCACCUUUUGCGCCCCGUGCUUCCCCGGGCCUUCGCCUUCCCCGUGGACCCCCAGGUCCAGUCUGCCGCUGAUGAGACUGCCGUGCAGCUGAGCGAGUUGCUGACGCUACCCGUGCUCAUGAAGCGCUCCAUCACGGCACCGUUGGCCGCCCACAUCUCCUUGGUGAACAAGGCCGCUGUCGACUACUUCUUCGUGGAGCUGCACCUGGAGGCGCACUAUGAGGCGCUGCGGCACUUCCUGCUGAUGGAGGACGGCGAGUUCGCCCAGUCCCUCAGCGACCUGCUCUUUGAGAAGCUUGGAGCUGGGCAAACGCCCGGAGAGCUGCUCAAUCCGCUGGUGCUGAACUCUGUGCUGAGCAAGGCCCUGCAGUGCAGCCUGCAUGGGGACACCCCGCACGCCUCCAACCUCUCCCUCGCUCUCAAGUACCUGCCCGAGGUGUUUGCCCCCAACGCCCCGGAUGUGCUGAGCUGCCUGGAGCUCAGGUACAAGGUGGACUGGCCCCUCAACAUUGUCAUCACCGAAGGCUGCCUGAGCAAGUACAGCGGUGUCUUCUCCUUCCUGCUGCAGCUGAAGCUCAUGAUGUGGGCGCUCAAGGACAUCUGCUUCCACCUCAAGCGCACAGCCCUGCUGAGCCACAUGGCCAGCUCCGUGCAGUUCCGCCAGCUGCAGCUGUUCAAGCACGAGAUGCAGCACUUCGUGAAGGUCAUCCAGGGCUACAUCGCCAACCAGAUCCUGCACGUCACCUGGUGCGAGUUCAAGGCCAGGCUGGCCACCGUGGGCGACCUGGAGGAGAUCCAGCGUGCGCACGCAGAGUACCUGCACAAGGCCGUCUUCAGCACUGCUUCCCUGCAGGGGCCUGCUCACGGAGAAGGCGGCGCCUGUCAUGAACAUCAUCCACAGCAUCUUCAGCCUCGUGCUCAAGUUCCGCAGCCAGCUCAUCUCCCAGGCCUGGGGGCCCGCUGGGGGCCCACGGGGUGCAGAGCACCCCAACUUUGCACUUAUGCAGCAGUCCUACAACACCUUCAAGUACUACUCCCACUUUCUCUUCAAAGUGGUGACCAAGCUGGUGAACCGCGGCUACCAGCCCCACCUGGAGGACUUUCUGCUGCGCAUCAACUUCAACAACUACUACCAGGACACCUGAGGCUGCUCUGCGGGGACGUGCACAAUAAAGGUGUCCUCGACCCUGUCUGCAUCUCUCUCCUGGGUGGGGGCUGGGGACAGGGCAGGGUGGGGGAAGAAUGACCACAGAGGUGGACCUGA